GCCACUGGUGGUGAUAAUCCGUUCUCAGCUCGAGGCGCUAUACGACGUCUGUCACUACGCGAUCGCACCGGUUUGGCACCGGCGAGGAUUGAGGCGCAAAAGGAAGGCGCUGAUAUCAUUAGAUCGUGGUCGAAAGAGGAUUUGAACUCUGAUGUCAAUGUAAUGCCUCAGCCAUUGCAUGGUACUCGCGACUCACCAAAUAAGCGAGUGCUUAAGCAAAGCAACAAGCCAAAACCGAUGAGUCCUGAUGAAUGGUUACGUAAAUUAGAGACGGGUGGUGAUGAAGACGACGACGGCACACCUCGACGUGGUGGCAGUCAACGAAGGCGGCCGAAAAAGGGCAAAGGUAAAGGUCCGUCUGAAAUGCAAGAUCUGCGGCCGAAUGGUAACACAUCGCGGCGCGAUAAGAAGAAUUGCUGUUGCAUAAUUUGCUAA